AGUGCAGUGCGAAUGAUUCCAAGUCCACAAAAUUCAAGAAAAUAGCUUACCUAUAUAACUUGCAUAUAAUAUGACAGUUGCAUCACAUUGAGAAACUAUAUUAACUAUGCUCAACGAUCAUUUCGGGUUUAUCCUGGUAUUUAUUCCAUAUCGUAGUAUCUUAUGGAAACACUCGUCCGUAGUGCGUUGACAAUGCACUAGCGUAUAAAAAUUUUAUAUUGCUGCAGUAUUAUAAAGUACCGACAAAAUGUGGAGGCGCGCUUUUAUGCGGCAGAUUGCGGCCGGUUCUGGAAUUAUUUCACUGGUUUUACUCGUAAAGGACCGUGUGAAUCGGAACCUCGUUUAUGCGGACGCCAUGAACCCGAAUAAUUUGUCUAAUCUUAAAUUGCGGCAUGUACAGGUGUUCGUACGACAUGGUGCACGUACCCCUCUACGAAUAUUGCCUUACUUGGAACAAGUCACAUGGUCGUUGGAUGACCUGAUGGCGGAUCCACCGGAUGUCGGGGUGCUGCCGUACGUUGUAAAAGAUUUACGAGGGCAACCUUUAGAAAUGGGCCUUUUUGAAAGCUUAUCCCGAAGCGUCACUUUUAAGGGCGGUGCUUUUGCCGGUCAGCUAACGAAACCAGGGAAGAGACAAAUGUAUGACCUUGGUCAGAAUUUGCGAAAGGAAUACAUCGAAGGACAUAAACUGCUGAAGCCAGACUUUGAUCGCGAUCAGACGUUCAUUCGUUCUACCAACAUUACGAGGACGACCGAAUCAGCGGUAUGGAUGGUGUCGGGGAUGUACAACACUGUAGCGAAUGACCCAAAAUAUGUAAAUAUGGAGCCACUCACUGUUUUCGCUACCACCGAAGAGGACGAAAUUCUGUAUCCGAACCAUACCUUUUGUGGUGCCCUCAAUCGCUUAAGCAAACGCAUCACACAGCAUAUGCACGAAAUCACUGGUUUGCUUGCCGAUCGUGAUGCCCUGGAACAGGCCAUCGAUUACGACCUGAAAACCCAUAAACGCCGUCUCGAUUUUGUUGACCUACGAGACGAGGUUGCUGCCAGAUUAGCCCACGAUAUGGAAGUGCAUCCAGUGCUCAGAGAGUGGUUCGACAAGAUCGACAAUUACGCCGUACAAAUUUUGGCGCGCAUGGUAACCGGUAACGAUCCUUCCUUGCAAAUACAACGGGAACUUCUUCGUUUGGCCUGUGGACCGGCACUGCGCAUGGUACUGGACAAUAUGUUUGGGGUCAUACAGCGCAAGAACCGCUAUAAGAUGGAGGUAUAUGCGUGUCAUGACUCCAUGAUGAUCUCGCUGGUGAUUGCACUGAAAAUCUUCAAUGGUCAGUGGCCGCCGUAUGCGGCGGAUUUGCGGUUCGAGUUGUUGGAGGAUGAGAAGGGGCAGUUCUUUGUGCGGGUGAAAUAUCUAGGCCAGGACCAGGAGCUGCCCAUUGAGGGAGGAGGAGCGUAUAGUGCGGUGGCCGUGUAUACCAUUGAGAAAUUUGAAGAAUUUCUCAGUGAGCUGGCUAUCAAUCAGCGCCACUUAAAAGACCUCUGUUCGUUGAAGUCGGCAUACACGGAACCGUUGCAAGAUCUUGAUGACUCCGAGGGCUCUUAUUUUACUGCAGGGAAGAAAGAAAAAUGAUGUUUAUAUAAAUAAAUUGUUACAUCUUCAACCAGCUGAUAAUUGUUACUGUUUCACUGUUUUAGUUAACUUGUGUUAAAUUGUGUUAGCAAGCAAUGCUUUCUAGCUUGCUACCGAAACUUGUGUUUGUAAAAAGUGAUGUGGAGGUGCUAAUGUGUGUUUCGCCUGCGUGCGCAUAACGGGGUACUAUAAAAUUUUGUUAGACAAACAAAACAAGAACAAAU